AUGGGAUGUCUCCGACUCGCUAUCGCCGCUGCAUUGGCUCUAGCAGUCAAGAGUGCGAGUGCUUUCACUAUCGGCACAGCUCCUGGUCUUGCCGCAGGUACAACUGGUGGAGCCAACGGCACCGUCGUGUACCCGAAAACAAACGAGGAAUUGAUCGACUACCUGAACGCAUCGGAGCCACUCGUAGUCGUGCUGAACAAGACUUUCGACUUUCGGGGAACCGAAGGCAAGACAACCGAGAUUGGUUGUCGUCCACAGAGCGCCCGCGAAUGCAUCGCUGCCAAUAAUGGUUUCAAGAGUCAAGAUGUGAUCCUCAAAAAUGGCAUGAACAACACGGGUGGCUGUGAGAAUGGUACGGAGACGACGGUGACGUAUGAUAAUGCGUAUCGGUGGCGUAUGAACGUCACCAGUCACAAGACCAUUCGUGGUAUCGGCAAACUCGGGGUCAUCAUGGGCAAGGGUAUCACGCUCAGAGGUGACAACAUUAUCGUCCAAAACAUUCACAUCACCGAGUUGAACCGUCAUCUUGUCUGGGGUGGCGACGCGCUCUACAUGGAGGGAAUGGUCAAUGGCACCAAGACGAUGAACAAUAUUUGGAUUGACCACGUGAAGGUCUCCCGUGUGGGGCGUCAAAUGCUCGUCACGAACAAGGCCGGCGUCGCCACCAUGACGGUAAGUAACUCGGACUUUGACGGAGAAACCGACUACUCUGCCACCUGCAAUGGACGUCACUACUGGACUAUCCUGCUCUACGGCAAGAAGACGGGUGUUAGCUUGCUCAACAACUACGUUCACUCAACGUCUGGACGCUCUCCAAAAAUUGGUGAUAAAAACUCUUCCGUUAUCGCACACGUCGCCAAUAAUUACUGGGAUAACCUCUCCAACCACUCUUUCGAGCUCGACGGCAACGCGUGGAUGCUUGCCGAAGGUAACUACUUUAAUAGUGUGGAGAAUCCUCUAUACAAAAAAGGAGAAGGUUUUCUCUACGCUGCCACCGGAGUGGAUGAAUGUACGAAGGUUCUGGGUCGCGCGUGUGAAGAGAAUACUCUGGUAAGCAGCGGAAACUUCACCUCUCGAGAUGGCACGGCGGCUCUCGAGGCGAUGAAGCCUUACUCUGCAAUCACCAAAUACUCGCCGGGCUCUGACGACACCAACUCGAAGCAGCAGUCGACGGACGAUUCGGUGCAUCAAUCCGAGGAGGGCGCUUCAUCAGGGGAAUCGGUGCAUCAAUCGAACCAACUUUCUCUGACAAUGCCAAUGGUGAAGCAGUAUACUCCAGGAUCUGUGAAGACUAGUCCAUUGGAGCAGCAGUGGACCCAAGCGAGUGAUAUCGAGAAGGUGUGGGCUCAGACCACCAGAAACUUCGGCGUCGGCGGGCUCGAUUAGAGGGUAACCAUCGAGUUUUUGGUGAAGAUAAGAACAAAGGGCUUAACUUGGUGUGUUGCAACGCUCAAUGGUAAGCGGUCACACACAUGCUAAGAUGCCCAGUUAAGGUGUGUGUUAAAAACUGUAAACAGGUUAGC